AUGUCACCAAUUGGCCCCAGUGCCGCAGCUCAAUUUCAGAAUCAUCAUGCUGCUGUCAAUGCUAAUCUUGAAGUGAUCACUCUUCAGGUUCAUUCACAGCUAUCUUCUGGUGCCCAGGAAGGUCCAUCUUCGCAGAAGAAGCAGGAAGAUACAGCCCAGUCCUCCAACCCCCCGUUCUUCAGGUUGACCACAGCAGAACUUCUGGGUCUUCAAAGGCGUUACCACAAAAACAAAGCGCACAAUUUUCGAGAUGUCACUUCAGCUCGCGAGCUCGAAGCUCGUGGCCGUGGUUGGGACGUUUUCAGCCGUGCUCGCAAGAAAUCAGAGAAGCAAGGCACUUCCGAGGACUUCAAGCGGCGCAUCGAUGACGAGCUCGAUCAUACCCUCCUCGCGGGCCUAGAGAGCAUUCAUGCACCUUCGCGCAAGAUGAAGGGAAAGCCAGAUGAUCUUCAGGUAGGAAAGAUCCCACGAUCUUGCCAGACCCGGAAGAAGUGUAUGAGUAAGACGAAAGAGCGGAAGCCAGAGAUCCCGCAGGAAGAGAAUGACGAGUCCCCUCGCCAGGACCAGAAGCUCAGCAAGAUAACACAAUUACGGUAUAGACUGGCCAAGGAGGAGGAGGAGGCCAAAGCGAAGAAACAGGAUGAAAUGCACAAGGCGAAUGGCAAGCCAACCCGAGAGUUACAUCUUCGCGUCCGCGAGAAGUCAUUGAAGACUACCAAAGCCUCUUCUUCAGUACGUGGGGUAUACGACAGCCUGCAGCCGAGGUUUUCCAAGUUCCUCUGCGAGUGGGAGGGGUGCCCAGUAGAGCUGAUGAAUUUCGACACUCUCAAGAGGCAUCUCCACAAGGUUCACUGCAAAGCGGCGCAAGGCGACUUCACAUGCUUGUGGGGCGCGUAUGAAGAGUCUGUGGGCGGCGGGCAAGACAUGCACCGCAAGGUGUACCAGACUGGCGAGGAACUUGCCAGUCAUGUUGAUGAUGUCCACUUGACUGUGCAGGCAUGGCAUAUGGGGGACGGUCAGGGCAAGCAUGGGAUGGCGAGCAAUGCCGACGCCGCCGACAAGCUCCCGGCGUAUCUGUUCGAGCAGCAUGGUAAACGUCGCCAGCAAGUCACGCCGUCGGUCAAGGAUCAAAGAAUCGAGACGCCCGUGGGCUGGCGCCAGAGAAAGAAGGCGGCUGAGGCGCGCUUCGAUGCCAUGGAGAAGGAGUAUAAGAGAACAUCUAACUUUGAGAAAGUCUGA